AUGCCCCCCACCCUCCGAGGUAUCCUCACCCCUCUCCGCCUUUCUUUCCUCACUCCCUUCACACCGGCGGCCUUCCGACCGCUACCCGCUCAAUCGGCCUUCGCCUUCGCCCCUCACAACACGCGUACGACCAGUAUCACCCGUCGAUACCUCACCACCCCUUCCACCCAUACCCCUUCCACCCCUACCCCAUCCAGCCCGACGACCAUCUCCCCACACCUCAAAAUCUGGAAAGCCGCUCAAGUGCACGAACAAGAGAAAGAAGUGCUUCGGACUCUUGCUGGUUGGAGAGGAGAAGAGCUCGGUGAGAAUUGGGAUAUCAGCAAGUUGAAGACAAAGGAGGAGCUCUAUGCAGAGUUGUUGGAGUGUAUGGGAGCGGCGAGUAAGGAGAAGGUUCGGGUGGUCAUUGGCGAGUUAUCCUUACGGGCGACCGCAGAGUGGCUCGAGAAUAUGACCGAGGAUAAGACCUUGGGGAGGUACGCAAAGGUGACAUGGGAUUGCAAAGGCAACCGGACUGGCAUCAUCUACAACACCGACCAAAUGAUGGUUCGGAGGGACGAAAGUGUGUUUGAAGAGUACAUGGACCAGGCAGGGCUAGCUGGGGAGGAGAAGAAGGAAAAGGUUCGAGAGCUCUAUCAUCUCUAUAAAGAGGUUUGUCGUCAGGAUGAGGGGCAUGACCGGAAGAAUGGGACGCUUUUUUAUAGCAGUCGCGCGUUGGCGGCUGGCUCGUCUGAGCUGGAAAAGGGUUUUGGGUUGUUGAGGCAAUUUGAUGCUAAGGCGGGGCUGUUGGAUGAUGAGCGGUUCGUGGAUAUCGACGACAUUCUCGACUAG